AACAGUCAGCUUCACUGCCCCAUUAAAGACAGUUCUCGUUUUAUUCGGCUAGAAAAAGUAAGACUUACCACUGCCAGCCAUGGAAGGAUCAACUUUGUUGCUGCAAAGCAGAAACAGAUCACUGAUAAAGUUGCCUCACGGACACGAAGGAGAGGGCAGGAACUGAUGCACUUGAUAGACCUUGAUGUUGCUGCGUUUGAUAUUUUUGAUUUGCCGCCACUCAAUGAGUAUGAGCUGUACAUAAAAAACUUUGGAAGGUCUGACACUAGACAGGAAUAUGUCCAAUGUAAUGAAGAUAAUCUGGAAAAAGAGAUACAAACAGAGGAAAUUGAGACAAGAACGAAAUGGACACAAAAUCCUGCAAGUGAUGCUGCUGGUUUUGGAGACGAUGAAGAUGAUUUGCAGGAGGAUUUAUCCAGUUUAACAGAAAAAGCAAAUAUCGAUAGCUUACGAUUGUCAAAAUUCCUUCAGCGGGCUACACAGGUGAGUUGUAAUGAAGAUAAUCUGGAAAAAGAGAUACAAACAGAGGAAAUUGAGACAAGAACGAAAUGGACACAAAAUCCUGCAAGUGAUGCUGCUGGUUUUGGAGACGAUGAAGAUGAUUUGCAGGAGGAUUUAUCCAGUUUAACAGAAAAAGCAAAUAUCGAUAGCUUACGAUUGUCAAAAUUCCUUCAGCGGGCUACACAGACGUGUUUAAUCCUUCUGGAGGAGAACAUCAGUGAACAGGCCAACACUCAGUUUAAAGACAGGAAUGAUAUGACCUGUAGUGAUGGAUUUAUUCAACUAUCAACUAAACAACCCUAUCUUGAAGGGCGACCAGUGAUAUGUGUUCAUAUAUCUCCAGUCCAGACAUACUUCUUACUUGUUGCUUACGGUCCUGUAAAGGAACAGGGCAAGGUUACUUCAAAGAUUGACAGUAAUAUCCAGGAUAAAGGUCUUGUAUGCUUCUGGAACACUAAUGAGCCCUCUGGACCGCAAAAAAUUUUAAUCUGCGAAUCUUCACCAAGGUGCUGUUGUUUGAGUCCUUCGAAGGCAACUUUAGCAUUUGCUGGCUUGGAAGACGGAUCACUGGUAGCGUGGGACUUGAGAGAGUCUUCGAUGAUGCCUAGCUUUUCCAGAGUCUCUUUUGGAGACAGUGAAAUAAUCUUGAGGCCGCCUACUUUCAGCACAGCUGGGGUGUUGAAAAAAGACGAGAGCCAUCUCAGUCCAGUUGUGUCCCUAUUGCCAAUUGUUAUGCCAGGAGACAGACAUAUGUUGCAAGAAAUUUCAGCAGCUACGAGCUUUGACUUGUUCAUAACUAUCCAUAAUACGUAUGAAAUUAUGUUAUAUGAUAUGCUAGGCUUAUCUUUCCAACUAGCUUCUUUAGAGGAAAAUGCUGCAAUUUAUCUAUGGGUUGUUGUUGAGCUUGAUAGAGCGAACACCGCAGGCUCAGAGUCGGAUCUUGGUUUGUCUCCUGGAGGAAAAAUAAAGCUGAUCAAAAGCUCUUCAAUAUCUCUUCAAUCGCCGUAUAGGGAUUUCCGUAGCAAGAUGAGUUUACAAGCGCUCAUAAUGAGAUUUCUACCUCACGAUCCUAAUCACAUUUAUGUUGGCACAGAUGGGGGUUAUGUUCUUCACUGUGAAAGGCACGGCAGUCGAGCACCUCCAAAGGCUCAUAGACCUGCUAUUGGUAAAUAAAUUUUUAACUGUACUAAGAGAACUGUGUCAUAUUGGGCGCUUUCCAUGUAAAUUUCGAAACGGGGACAAAUGUUACAGAAAUUUCCUGGGAAAGUUUCCAGACAAUUCAGAAAUUGUUGAAUUUCAGAAAAGUGAAACAUUCAACCGAAAAUUGCGGAUAUUCCAGGAGGAAAGUCAAAUAGAACGGAAAUUCCCGGUAAGACAUUUCCGAAAAUUUCGAUAUACCUAGCAAGGUUGUCCUCUUGUCAUGAAAUUACAGAAAAUGCUUUUCCAUUCAUCACUGGAAAUUUCAUUAGGGUGUUAGGGUGUUAGGGUUUUAGGGUAUUAGGGUAUUAGGGUUUCAGGGUGUUAGGGAAUUAGGGUACUAGGGUGUUUGGGUGUUGAGGUAUUAGGGUGUAAGGGUGUUAGGGUAUUAGGGUAUUAGCUUAUUAGCGUAUUAAAGUUUUAGGGUGUUAGACUAUUAGGGUACUUGGAUAUUAGGGUAUUAGUGUAUUAGGGUAUUAAGGUACUAGGGUGUUAGGGUGUUAAGUUAUGGCUGGUUUUCAGUGUCACGCAAUUCA